AUGCUUCUCCACCGUCAUCCAUACCCCCCACCUCUCCUCCGUCCUCCCUACCCUACCACCAUCCUCCCCCGUCCUCCCCAGCCGCACCUCUCCACCAUCCUCUCUACCCCGACCUCUCCACCGUCCUCCCUACCCCAUGCUUCUCCACCGUCAUCCAUACCCCCCACCUCUCCUCCGUCCUCCCUACCCUACCACCACCUCCCCCGUCCUCCCCGCCGCAUCCUCUCCACUCCUCCCUACCCCGACCUCUCCACCGUCCUCCCUACCCCCCACCUCUCCACCGUCCUCCCUACCUACCUCUCCACAGUCCUCCCUACCCCUACCUCUCCACCGUCCUCCCUACCCCUACCUUUCCACCGUCCUCCACAGUCCUCCCUACCACCCACCUCUCCGCCGUCCUCCCUACCACCCACCUCUCCGCCGUCCUCCCUACCCUACCACCUUCUCCCCAUCCUCCCUACCCCCCACCUCUCCAUUGUCCCCCUACCCCCACCUCUCCAUUGUCCUCCCUACCCCCCACUUCUCCAACGUCCUCCCUACCACCCACCUCUCCACUGUCCUGCCUACCCCCCACCUCUCCCCCAUCCUCCCUACCCCCACCUCUCCAUUGUCCUCCCUACCCCCCACUUCUCCAACAUCCUCCCUACCCCCUCUCACCCGUUCUCCUAA